AGCGAAAGUCGAAGAUCUCGGCCUCCCGUAAGCUCAUGCUAAAGGUGAGUCUAUAGCCACACUAUGACCACAGCAAUAACACUUGACUGUUUGGCAACUACCUCAGUCAUAUGAGGCCAUACGCUUGAAAUACUUAAAUGUGUUAUCAGAGCUUAAUGGUGGCCAAGGCGAAGGAAGAGAUCGAGCAGGAGUUUGUGGAUAAAGAGGAGGAGAAGGAGAGGUAUCUGGCAGUGAGAGCACCUCCCUUACAGACCGGUGGUAUGUCCUUUGCUGAGCUCCAGGUACUCCUAUCCAUACACACAUUCAGUAAACCUAUUGACUACAUUGUCCUGGGUACUAGUUCAUUGCUAAUUCUAAUUUCCCCAACAGAAGUUAUGUCGGGAGUUACAUGCCAAGGUUGACGUGGUGGAUGAGGAGCGAUACGACAUUGAAGCCAAAGUCAAACACAACACCAGAGAGGUACAGUAGUCUACAUGGUGCUGCUUGAAACAUACCUUCUAAAUGUGGUUCAUUUAGCCACGACAUGGUCAACUCCAAGGGCUAACGUUAAACAUGGUGUAAUCUGAGAUGCCUGUUGUGUAGCCCAUAGAGAAAGAAUCCAUUUUAGUUGUAUCUCUAUGAUGGUCUACCUCUUCUUUCCACCUGUCCCACAGAUCAAGGACCUGAACAUAAAGGUUUUGGACCUGAGGGGGAAGUUCAAGCGGCCCAACCUGAGGAGGGUAAGGGUCUCUGCUGACGCCAUCUUGCGCUCCCUCCUGGGCUCCAAACACAAAGUCUCCAUGGACCUUCGGGCAAACCUCAAGUCAGUCAAGAAGGAAGACACAGAGAAGGUAAGUUUAGUUUUACGUGGUAGAUUUAGUGGGUCAUCAUCAGAUCAAAGGCAGCAGGCAAUAGUGUGAUGCAACGAUGAGUUUUGCUAUGUUUAUGAGCUUUAUUUCAAAUGUCAAUAUUUCCCUCAACCAGAGGUAAUCUAUAUAUAAAUGACAGGAGCGAACAGUUUGUUUUUGUAACUUGAAGCUGACCAGCCGUAGGGGCUGAUAUACUAACACACUGACAUCCUACUGACAUGACAGUGACUGCCAUUGUGUGUGUGCUCUGCAGGAGAAGACAGUGGAGGUGAGUGACUGGAGGAAGAAUGUGGAGGCCAUGUCUGGCAUGGAGGGAAGGAAGAAGAUGUUUGACGCAGCCAAAGGCCCCACUCAGUAG